AUCUCGAAACACUAUCGAAUCAGAGGUCUACGGCGCGAUACGUGAGUGCCCUGUGUUUGUUUGCUUCUCGCGGAACGAAGCUCUGGAAAUAUGACUCAAGAAGGCCAAUUGCCUCCGCCACCUGUUAUGUGGGCACAGAGGAACGACAUUUUAUAUGUUACCAUCUGCUUAGAAGAUUGUAAAGAUCACAUUAUUGAAAUUGAACCAGAAAAGAUAUAUUUUAAGGGAGUCGGCGGGACAGAACAGAAAAUGCAUGAACUUACGAUCGAUCUAUACGGUGAAAUUGUUCCACGCAGAACGAUUAAAUACUUAAAAGGAAGGACUUUUGAGUUAGUUCUUUCUAAAAAACAAGGUGGCCCGUAUUGGCCAAGAUUAACAGCAGAAAAAACAAAAGCUCAUUGGCUAAAGAGCGAUUUCAACAAGUGGAAGGACGAAGACGACAGUGAGAAUGAAAAUGGCAUCGGGGUGGAAAACAAUAAUUUAGAAGAGAUGAUGAGACAAAUGGGUGGCUUAGGUGGUUCGGGUGGUUCAGGAUCCAGUAAGCCACAUUUCGAAACAUUCGAGGAUAUGGGAGACGAAGGCAAUGAAAUUGAUAGCGACGAUGAUGAUUUACCUGACCUAAUUGAGUGAAAAAUUUUUAUGCUACUUUAAAAUAAUUUACAUUCAAAAAACGUUAAAAAUAAAAAAGGGGCGACCUAAGAAUAGUGCACCACCAGGCGAUAUUUCAGUAGGCCAUGCUAUUUGUAUUUUCAAUUGCAAAUAAGUUUUGCAAUCUUGCUGUGACAGCCCGUGAUGCAGUAGCAAAGAAAUCGAUAAAGGUGUGCAAAGAACUGUAAACAGAAAAAGAAUACAGCGGUCGAUGGAAUGAACAGUAAUAUACUUUUUAAAGAUUCUCUUCUGAUCUUUUAUAGUCUGUAGUUCAUACGCUAAGUUAUAAUGGACAAGCUUUUUUAAUAAUGAUUACUUAUGUAAAAGAUGAAGGUAAAAUAAUGAAAAUGAUUUAAAUUAUUUGUGCAGUUGUUUAUUUCAGGGAAUCCCGUCGAAAAGGAGAGUAGAUCGUGUAUAAAUCAGUUUAUAUAAUUAAAUGUGAACAAAUUAAGAUAUUUCUGUUUAUAUGUACUGUACAACAUAAAAAAUUUGCAGAAUUAUAUAUUGUGUUUGUUCAUUUAAAGUAUAUCUGUAAUAAAUAUACAAUUAUAAAA